AUGCGUAUCCGAUAUCCAUUCGCGGGUGCCUUCGUCUUCCUCUUGAUUUUAUCGGCGUACAUAGGCCUUCUUCCUCACAGCGACUCCUCGUCUGUGCCGUCGCAACUCCAGCCAAAUGACAAGGUCCUCCAUGUCGUCACUUUCUUCCUGCUCUCCCUCAUCUUCUACUGGAUCCCCGACACCACCCGCCGACGCACACUCCACCUAACCCUCGUCGUCUGCACUCUUGCCCUGGGAGUUGGGUCCGAAAUAGUCCAGGGUAUCCUUCCAAACGGUCGUUCCUUCGAUCCGUUCGACCUCCUAGCCAACAUUGUCGGGAGUCUGGGCGCCGUCGGCCUCUGCACCUGGUAUCACCGCCGUAUGCUAGAGCGACGACGCAAAUCCCGAUUUGGAUCUAUGGGCGAUGGUGACGAUGAUGUCGAGCUGGGUAUGAGCCCGGGCCAUCGCGACGAGGAGGGGCUAGAACCCCAAGAAUCCGGCGUUAUGAAUCUAGAGCAGGAGGUUGAUAACUGGGACGAGAACGCCGUCGAUAAUUGGGACACAGAGGACGGUGAAGACCCUAACCAUCCGAAUGCGCCUGCCCCUACCGAUAGGGAGGACCAGAAAGAGCCCAUCGAAGGCGGGAAGAGAAGCGACUAG